AUGUUCUCUUGCGCUAAUUAUCCUCGCGGUUGUCGUGGCCGUGUUAACAUUCAAGGAGCCAAAUGCUCCGACUGUGUGCAACUAAACCUCCGUCGACCAUUAUCCUCGUCUCCCUUUGCCCAGCCAAGAGAUUACCGCAGGGCUCUACCAUCUGAGAUAUCAACCAACUCUCCCUCCAAAGCGAUAGCCCGGGAUAUGGCCUAA